AUGAGGGACGUUAGUACAGUACCUGAUGAGUGUAUAAAAAUGUUUGACGCUUCGAUUCAAGAAGUGAACGGCAAGGGACCGAAGAAGAGGAAAAAGUCACUGGAGCAUAUCUGUGAUAAGGGACAGCGGGCGGAAUUAAAUACGAGUGAGAAUGAGGAAAAACCUGCGGAGAAUGGAGCUAAAGAAACCGUUGCUAACGAUACUGUCGAGCUCCUGCAUUGGCGAGAUAUGCCUAAGCACCUGCAGUUCAAUCCGUACGUGUUGACUGGAUACCGGCCGCUGCAAGAUUGGAGUGGAUGUGUUCGAAGUCUCUUCUAUUUCCACAAUGAGACCAUUAACAUCUUUACUCACGGCUUUUCUCUUGUCUACAUAUUGCUGGUGCUACCAGGUCUACUACCAUGGAGUGGAGGCGGUGGUUCUGCGUGGUUCCUCUCCUUGUGCCAUUUACUUGGUGCUCUGGCACCGUGGUGCGGUUCCUUUGUCUACCAUCUCUUCAUGAACCAUACAAGUGGUGCAGGUUUAUACCAUCGACUAUUGCAGUUGGAUAUGCUCGGAAUUUGGGUCAGCCAAAGCAUAGGUGCAAUCCCGAUGGUGACAGCGACGGUAUACUGCGCACCAGCGCUGCUGCGCUAUACCGCGCUAGUUACUUACUGUCUCGGUAGCCUGCUUGGCCUCUAUAAAGCGAUGCGCGCGUGGUCCCCGUGGGAGCGUCGCCUGUGCUUCGCGGCUCCAUUUUGCAUGAGGCUGGUGCUAGCUGGUGCGCGCGCGGCACAUCUCGGUGGAGGAGACCCUCACGCCAUUCUUCACGUAUUCUUACAAGAUGCGGUGUCGCUAGGGGGCGGUAUUAUCGGCGCAAUGCAUGUACCGGAGAAGUGGUUUCCAGGUGCCGUGGAUCGUUGCCUCAACUCGCAUAACAUAAUGCACGUGCUCGUCGUGUUGGCCGUGUACUCCAUGCACCAGGUGACAACCUUGGACUUGGCAUGGAUGUCUCAAGUGGAUUGUUGCACCCCACUGGGUCAACUCUGA